GCUCUCGUGUGUUCGCUCGCUCGCUACUUCGCUCGCUCUCGGCGGCCGCUCUUGCUGUGGCUGCGGCUGAGGCUGGGGGCGGCGGCGGCGGCGCGAGCGGCGGGCGGCGCGGGGCGGUCCGGCGGGUUCAAAGAGGAAAACAUGGCGGAAAACAAAGGCGGCGGUGAGGCAGAGAGCGGCGGCGGGGGCAGCGGUAGCGCGCCGGUAACCGCCGGGGCCGCCGGGCCCACGACGCAGGAGGCGGAGCCGCCUCUCGCCGCGGUGCUGGUGGAGGAGGAGGAGGAGGAAGGCAGCAGGGCUGGCGCGGAGGGCGGUGCGACUGGGCCCGACGACGGGGGGGUGGCCGCGGCCUCCUCAAGCUCGGCCCCGGCCGCCUCGGUUCCCGCGGCCUCAGUGGGCUCCGCGGUUCCCGGGGGCGCGGCAUCGACGCCGGCUCCAGCUGCUGCCCCGGCCCCGGCCCCGGCCCCGGCCUCGGCCCCUGCCCCGGGUCCCUCGUCGGGGCCGCCUCUCGGACCCCCAGCCUCGCUUCUGGACACCUGCGCGGUGUGUCAGCAGAGCCUGCAGAGCCGGCGUGAGGCGGAGCCCAAGCUGCUUCCCUGCCUGCACUCCUUCUGCCUGCGCUGUCUGCCGGAGCCGGAGCGCCAGCUCAGCGUGCCCAUCCCUGGAGGCAGCAACGGUGACGUCCAGCAAGUUGGUGUAAUACGGUGUCCAGUAUGUCGUCAAGAAUGCAGACAGAUAGAUCUUGUGGAUAAUUAUUUUGUGAAAGACACAUCUGAAGCUCCUAGCAGUUCUGAUGAGAAAUCAGAACAGGUAUGUACUAGUUGUGAAGACAAUGCAAGUGCAGUUGGUUUUUGUGUAGAAUGUGGAGAGUGGCUAUGUAAGACAUGCAUUGAAGCACAUCAAAGAGUAAAAUUCACUAAAGACCAUCUGAUCAGGAAAAAAGAAGAUGUCUCAGAGUCUGUUGGAACAUCUGGUCAGCGCCCAGUGUUUUGUCCUGUACAUAAACAAGAGCAGUUGAAACUAUUCUGUGAAACAUGUGAUAGACUGACGUGUAGAGACUGUCAGCUAUUGGAGCACAAAGAACAUAGGUAUCAAUUUUUAGAAGAAGCUUUUCAAAAUCAGAAAGGUGCAAUUGAAAAUCUGUUGGCUAAGCUUCUUGAAAAGAAGAAUUAUGUUCAUUUUGCUGCCACACAAGUGCAGAAUAGGAUUAAAGAAGUAAAUGAGACUAACAAACGAGUAGAACAGGAAAUUAAAGUGGCCAUCUUUACCCUUAUCAAUGAAAUUAAUAAGAAAGGAAAAUCUCUUUUACAACAGCUAGAGAAUGUUACAAAAGAAAGACAGAUGAAGCUACUACAGCAGCAAAAUGACAUCACAGGCCUCUCUCGGCAGGUGAAGCAUGUUAUGAACUUUACAAACUGGGCCAUCGCAAGUGGCAGCAGCACGGCACUACUUUAUAGCAAGCGUCUGAUUACUUUUCAGUUACGGCAUAUUUUGAAAGCACGAUGUGAUCCUGUUCCUGCUGCCAAUGGAGCAAUUCGUUUCCAUUGUGAUCCCACCUUCUGGGCCAAAAAUGUAGUGAAUUUAGGUAAUCUAGUAAUAGAGAGUAAGCCAGCUCCUGGUUAUACUCCUAAUGUUGUAGUUGGGCAAGUUCCUCCAGGGACAAACCACAUUAGUAAAACCCCUGGACAGAUUAAUUUAGCACAGCUUCGACUCCAGCACAUGCAGCAACAAGUGUAUGCACAGAAACAUCAGCAGUUACAACAGAUGAGACUUCAGCAACCACCAGCUCCUGCCCCAACAACAACAACAACAACACAGCAGCAUCCCAGGCAAGCAGCCCCACAGAUGUUACAACAACAGCCACCAAGAUUGAUCAGUGUGCAAACAAUGCAGAGAGGCAACAUGAACUGUGGAGCAUUUCAAGCCCAUCAAAUGAGACUGGCUCAGAAUGCUGCUAGAAUACCAGGGAUUCCCAGGCACAGUGCCCCUCAGUAUUCCAUGAUGCAGCCACAUCUCCAAAGACAACAUUCAAACCCAGGACAUGCUGGACCCUUUCCUGUUGUAUCAGCACACAACCCAAUCAACCCAACAAGCCCUACCACAGCAACUAUGGCAAAUGCAAAUAGAGGUCCCACCAGCCCAUCUGUUACAGCAAUAGAAUUAAUACCCUCAGUCACCAAUCCAGAAAAUCUUCCAUCGUUGCCAGAUAUUCCACCUAUACAGUUGGAAGAUGCUGGCUCAAGUAGUUUAGAUAAUCUACUCAGUAGAUAUAUCUCAGGCAGUCAUCUACCCCCUCAGCCUACAAGUACCAUGAAUCCUUCCCCAGGACCCUCUGCGUUAUCACCUGGAUCUUCAGGCUUAUCCAAUUCUCACACACCUGUGAGACCCCCUAGUACGUCUAGUACUGGCAGUCGAGGCAGCUGUGGAUCAUCAGGAAGAACUGCUGAGAAAAGUGCUCAUAGUUUCAAGUCUGAUCAGGUGAAGGUCAAGCAAGAACCUGGGACUGAAGAAGAGAUAUGCAGCUUUUCAGGAGCUGUGAAACAGGAGAAGACAGAGGAUGGCAGGAGGAGUGCCUGUAUGUUGAGCAGUCCUGAGAGUAGUUUGACACCACCUCUUUCAACUAACCUCCACCUAGAGAGUGAGCUGGAUACAUUAACAAGCCUGGAGAACCAUGUGAAAACUGAACCUACAGAUAUCAGUGAAAGCUGCAAACAGUCAGGACUCAGUAGCCUAGUUAAUGGAAAGUCUCCAGUUCGAAACCUCAUGCACAGGUCAGCAAGGAUUGGAGGAGAUGGCAACAGCAAAGACGAUGACCCAAAUGAAGACUGGUGUGCCGUCUGCCAGAAUGGAGGGGAUCUUUUGUGCUGUGAAAAAUGUCCGAAAGUCUUUCAUCUUACUUGCCAUGUUCCAACACUUCUCAGCUUUCCAAGUGGAGACUGGAUUUGCACAUUUUGCAGAGAUAUUGGGAAGCCAGAAGUUGAAUAUGAUUGUGAUAACAUGCAACAUAGUAAGAAGGGGAAGACUGCACAGGGCUUAAGCCCUGUGGAUCAAAGGAAAUGUGAACGUCUUCUGCUUUACCUCUAUUGCCAUGAAUUAAGUAUUGAAUUCCAGGAGCCUGUUCCUGUUUCGAUACCAAACUACUAUAAAAUUAUAAAGAAACCAAUGGAUUUAUCAACGGUGAAGAAGAAGCUUCAGAAAAAACAUUCCCAGCAUUACCAAAUCCCAGAUGAUUUUGUGGCUGAUGUCCGUUUGAUCUUCAAGAACUGUGAAAGGUUUAAUGAAAUGAUGAAAGUUGUUCAAGUUUAUGCAGACACACAAGAGAUUAAUUUGAAGGCUGAUUCAGAAGUAGCUCAGGCAGGGAAAGCAGUUGCAUUGUACUUUGAAGAUAAACUCUCAGAGAUCUACUCAGACAGGACCUUCGCUCCUUUGCCAGAGUUUGAGCAGGAAGAGGAUGAUGGUGAAGUAACGGAAGACUCUGAUGAAGAUUUUAUACAGCCUCGUAGAAAACGCCUAAAGUCAGACGAGAGACCGGUACAUAUAAAGUAAAAUGACGUGGACUUAAUCAGUUGUUUUUAAGAAGAAGGAAACAAAACAAAACACCCUCUUAUUAUUUAAGUGUUACUGGAAUAUCCUGUGUACAGUGGUUUUACCUCCUUACAGAAGCUGGUAGCUUUCAUACAGUAUUAGAUUGAAAUAAUGGAAACAGAAAACAUUCUUGUCAAGAAAAAAGGGGAGAGAACUCUGUUUGCAACUUUAAGGACAAAAUUAGAAGUGAAAAAGUUUGGGGAUUUGUUACAAAUGAAGAUAUUUCUCUGGCUGUUAGAAAUGUAGAUGAUCAUGUGUGUUAAUUGGUGCAGGAUACUGAGUCGAGCAAACCUACAAGGCUCAUGUUGUGAGAUGUGUCUCUGCUAGAGCACACAGAUACUCAGACAACCUAAAAGCCUCCCCUCCACAGACACAAAUGGGUUGUUUUCUGGUUAAAAAUGAGUAGAUCAGAUUCCACUUGAAUGUCACUAAAGAUGCAUUGAAUCAUGCCACUGUAUUUCCUCUCAUUUUGAUCUAUUGGGCCUUAGUUUUUAAAUUGGUUUAAAAAACUCAGCAGUAGUUUUAUUUUAUUCUUAGACGUAGGGUCUAGGAAUAUAACCAUUGAUGAUUUAGUCAACUUCAGUGGUGUACUAAAAUGAUGAUAACUUUCAGUAGUGGAUCAUACAGAUUUAUGGAAGUCAUUCCCAGAAAACCCUUCUAAAUAAUUACACUUACUGGUCAAAUCAUCUGAUCACGCAGUUAGUUAUUCCCUUGAAAGGCAGAACAUUUAUUUCGGAACUUUCUGUAUAGGUAAAUUAGAUUGAGAAGGUGACAACUUUAACCCAGUCUUUCUUCAUACCAGUUUCCAGUAGACUACUAUUGGUAAACAGAAAUCUGUCAGCUACCAAAUGUGUACAAUUUUCUGUAUUUCACUUUGUCUUAUUUGUAAAUAGUGAGCUCAGACUUCUGGCAGAUCAGCAACAUUUGCUGAGCCUGUUUUUUAAGCUAAUGUGUAUUCUUACUAAUGUUCCUAUCAAGAAUGGAUUUGUAAUAUAUGCUGUCUAUUUCUAAUGUUCACAUUCAUAUUUUGAGGUUCUAUCUUAUUUUAAUAGAGAACAGACGUCUCAAAAUAUCUUCAGAAGCAGCUUAUUAUUGAAAUAUCAAAAUAUUGAAAUAAACCCGGUGGGGUUAGAUUAACUCAUCUGUCCACCAAGUGGGACACGUGCAUGGACUGGGGGCUUUAAAUGACUUAGAAGAGACCUUAAGUAAAUCCUGAGGAUGAGCCGAUCCCCACUUGAAUGGUAAUUGGAGUAAACCCAGCCUUUUUACUGCUGAUGACAGGAGCAGAACCUGAAGCAGAGAACUACUGGCUCUGGUUUACUCUCCUCCUCUUCGUUGUGAUGCUCAGAUCAAGUGUGCUCUAGACUGUGUGCGCCUCUCCGCUGGAUUAAGAGUUGCAGUCCUACUUCUGUAUGGACACAGUAGAAUAUAAAGUGACCAAAGUAGAAUUCAACAUCAGAAACAUUUCAGGUGUCAGCAGAUGUGUGGCAAAUCAUUUGCCUCUUAAAAAAUUCAAAGUAAGCAGUUCAAACUGUAGACUCCUCAGAAAACUAUUUGACGUAAUUGCCGAAGAAGUGAAUAUUUUUAGUGUGCAUUGAAUCAAAUAAAGUGCUCUAAAGAAAUUA